AUGCCAAUUGCAGUCGGUGUUGGAAUUAUUGGAAAUUUAUUAAGCAUAUGUGUUUUUGCUCGACGAGAAAUGAUCAAAUUUUGUGUUAGUAUAUUAACAAUUGUAUUGUCAUUAAGUGACAUUUUAUUAUUAAUAACAUCAAUAUUUAACAUUGUAUUACCAGCUUACAAUCAUUAUCAAUUUGCUGAUAAAUCUUUGUUUUGGUGUCAUUUUCAUGGUUAUUUUGAUUUAUUAUUUGCAUCGUUAAGUGGAUACUCUAUGGUAUUUAUUUCUGUUGAACGAUGGUUUUCUGUUUUAAAACCAUUCGAUAAAGCUAAAUAUAUCACAUUUAAAUCAACGAUAACUACCGUUAUUAUUUAUAUUAUUGUAUCAUCAAUUGUCUGUUUAUGGUAUCCAUUAAUACUUAAAUUUGAUCCAUAUCAUCCAGAUCCUAAUCUACGUUGUCGAUUAUUAGAAAAGUUUCGUAAAAUUUUUACAAUAUUUGGUACUAUUAAUGUUCUUUUCACAUAUAUAGUUCCAUUUACUAUUCUGGGAAUUUUAAACUCAUUUAUUAUUCAUCGUUUACGUGCUAGACAAAAUAAUUCCAUACGAUCAACUCAUAGUGAGCGUAAUUCAUCAUCGAUACGAACAAGAACACGUCAACGACAAAAUACAGAUCGAAAUAUAACAUUUAUGUUAAUAACUGUUGCUCUUGCAUUUAUGCUCAUGAGCUUUCCUUACCAAAUUUAUUGGUUUUAUUUACAAAUAUCUCAAACAACAUCGAACAAAACACUAUAUACUUUAACACAAACAUUUCGUAAUUUAAAUUGUAUGAUUAAUUUUUUUCUCUAUUCUGCUACAUCUUCAUUAUUUCGUCGUGAAUUAAAAGAAAUAUUUCAUUGUUGUUAUUUAUUAUCAUCAUCAAAAUCGAAUAGUUUACCGAAUACUGAACAAACACUAUUGCCAAAAGAUAGUGUUAAAUUACAAAAAAAAAAUUCGAAUACUAUAACUGACACUACUAGUCCAAAAUCUUUAACAAAAAAUGGUUUAAUAACAACAAAAACAGAAAAUAAUCAUUUGUUAGGUGAAUGUAUUGAUAUUGAACUAAAUAAUGGUAGUAAUAAUAAAAAAUAA